AACAGUGAAGUGAAUUUUAUUUUAGUUUUAUUGUUCUUUUCUACGAUUUUGUUGUCUGAUCCGAGACAUCUAUAAGUGUAAACUUAACUAAACUGCGUUUGAAUUUUAGCGAGAGUAUAACAAAUCCUUUUAUUAUAGUUUUUAUAUUGAUUUUUUGGAAGCCUAUUCUUAAACAUACCAUUUCCAUGGGCUUGGCAAUCAGCUCUUUUCCACUUUUUGCCCUAAGCCAGCAAGGACCUUAUCAUAAAUCAUACAUAAAUACAUAAGUAUAUAGCCAGAUGUUUGCGGAUCCUGCGUGACUUUUCGUUCCUGACAACCGCCGUUUAAUCAAUACCCAUACCUGGUGUUCAGUUCGGAGACUGAUUGAUGGGUGAGGUCACUCAGUGCGUGAAAAAUGGCGAAGAAGGGAGGAGUCCAGCAGCUUCAGGCGGACCUCUCCACGGACGAGGAGUUCGAGAAGUUCCUGCAGCGAUCCGGAUUGCUGGGUACGCUAUCGUGCUCGACAUAUACUCCGAGUGGUGCGGACCGUGCCUGGGAAUGGUGGGCAGCCUGCGGAAGAUCAAGCUGGAGCUCGGAGGCGAUAACCUGCAGCUGGCCAUCUGCAAAGCGGGUUCCAUAUCUUACCUGAAGCGCUUCAACAAGAAGAGCGAGCCCACCUGGAUGUUCGUCACGAGCGGCAAGGCAAUCAACAUCAUGUUCGGCACGGACGUGCCCAAGCUGGUGGCCAUGAUCACCCGGAUGCUGCAGUCGACGCUGGCCAAGGAGUCACACGUGAGCUACGAGAUCACCGAGUUGCAGCCGAUCGAGCUGGAGCAGCUGGAGGUGCGCAACAAGGCGCUGCGCCUGGCCGAGGAGAUCGAGCUGGCGGAGAGUCGGCGAAAGAGGCUGGAGUACCUACACAGCGUCACCGACUGCAUCAUGGCCAACCUGCCCGACAUCGGGAUAACUGUGUUCGGCCCCCAGGUGAACCGGGACAUGUUCAAGAAGCUCUCGGAGCCGGCCGAUCCGCUGAAGAUCCAGUGCAAGGACCGCAAGGUCUUCCCCAUCCUGCCCAGCGACAUGGCCACAGUGAACUUCGCGGCCGAGAAUCCACUGGCCCCGGAGGUCAUCGAACUGCUCUACGACAAGGAGCUGCUCAUGUGCUUCUGGAAGGUGGAGGAGGUGCUCGGGAGUCCGCCCACCGUGCUUCGCCAGUACGCCCACGAGCUCACCAAGGAGACCAUCAAGCCACCGGGCGAGUUCAACGAGGAGGAGAUCACCGUGCCGCCCAUGAUAGUACCCCUGGAGGUGAGCGUGAAGAUCCCAGAGCGAGAGCUAUUGGAGGAGAUGCAGGACACCCAGGACGCUGAGCAGCUGUCCGAGGUUAAGAGCGAGCAUCUGAAGGAAGGCGAGGAGGAGGAGGAGGCGGCGGAAACAGCGGAAGAUGCCGUUCCUCCUGCCGAAGCCGCUGCAGUUUCCAGGAGCGAUCAGAAGAAGACCAAGACCAUACGGAUACCCCCGAUCUGGGUGCCCAGUGACCAGCGCACCCAUGCAGCCCUCAUCUACACCUACUUUCGAGCCCAGACCUCGACCUUUCUGCCGCCGGAUCCCGUGCCGGAGCCGCCGCACAUCGUGAUGAUCUUCGACGCCUACAAGAAGAAGGACCUGGCCAUUCUCCUCGAGACGUGUCGCGAUGACAUUCCGCUCUACGGCUUCUUCAAUAGCGACAAUCCCCAGACGGCGGUGUUCAUAGCCAACUCGGUGGAAAAGUACAAUGCCAAGCCCUAUAUUCCCACUGACAAGAUCGUGCUCAAGGUGAACAAGGUCAGCAGCCCGACCAUCCCCACCCUGAUGGCCUAUGGUCCCAGCUACGUGAGCAGCAACUCGGUGAUCGGGCACAAGGAGGCCAGUCAGUUCUUCCCCGCCAACUACAAGUCGGCCCUGCAGGAGGAGGAGGAACUGCACGCUGUCAAGGCGGAGAAGCCGAAGAAGCGCAAGAAAAACAAAAAGGGCGGAGAUCCCGAAGAGAGCGGUAAGGCGGACGCCGGACUGGCGGAUGCGCAGCAGGAGGCUGACGAGGCGGUGAAGACCUCGCCGGAGGAGGGUGCCUCCACGACGAGCAGUGGCGAGGACAGCUGCGAAAGUCGUCCUGCAACAGCCGAUGGCAUCAAUCCUGAAGCUCCGUCCAUAUAGAUCUUAAUUUCCCUACUUACUAAUAUUUUUCAAUGAGCUAUUUUAUUUCCACCAUCAUAUUUCGGCAUUUGGAGUUAUUUAUUUAAACGCUGGUACAAUAUUUUAAAGAUGCAUCUAAUUUAAUCUAAUCUAAUCUCUUAUUUGAAACGGUGCUAGCAUUCUUGUAAUACAUUCAAAAUUUCAAAUCUUAUACACAGAAAUAAAUAAUAAAGUUGCCCUCGGCCAAGUCCCAGUUCAA